AUGCCUCGCUCUAAGAAAACUGUAGCUUUAAAGGCUGUCUCCGAGUCUGGGGAACCCCAGUCCGAAAUUCAAACGGAUAAAAUCCACCGGUUUCCCGUGAUCGAGCAAAGCUUGGAGUUGAUGAAGAUAACACUACACAUGACCAUCGCAUCGCUCUUAUUUAUGCGUGGAUUAUUGCCCACGAAUGUCUUCAGCGAGCGGAUUCUGCGAUCAAACCGCUUCCACGAGCGGUGUAACUAUUCCCAUUUUGUAAAUGGGAAGAGCAAGGGCAAUUUCGCACGUAACCGAUCGGAAUAUGUUCCCAUAUGGGUGAUUGAAAGACACAUGAGCGACGAAGCCGAUCAACUCCUCGACCUUCUAGAGAAUGGCAUCUUUGAUGCUCUACUAAGAGGCGUCCUAUAUGCCGUCCAGUUUACAGUCAUUGCAAACAAAGACUCGCCAAAUAAGGUUCUAGAAUCUUACACCUUCACCUUCCAAAAUUCCGGUGAGCGCGGCACCGCAGAUCGCCUAACCAACGGCCCAAGAAUGGAUUUUGUCAGCCCCCAUGAUGACCGAGCGAACAUGCGUAAUAUGAUUUUCGACGGGAAGGCCCUCAUCCGACGAUUGAGGACGAUGUGUGCUGAAAGCCCGGCAUUGCCUAACGAGCGCAGCUUGGGGAUACACGUCUUCUACAAACCGGAAUGUCCUGGACCUUACGAUAUGCCUGGCUUUGUUGAUUCCCAAGACGACACCAUUAAAUAUCCACGGACUUCGUACUGGGAGAGGACGAGGCGCUUUUAUGGAAGCGUCGACAGCGGAUUUCACACAGUCGGCUUGAGAGUAAAUUCUCUUCUUUCUACCUCACCCGGUGGCGAGGCUCACUUCCCUUCGGCGGAGGAAGCGGAUGACCAUGCAGUGCUCCGUUCUGACGAGGUCGGGAUUCCCACACCUGCUCAAAUGCCGUUGGACGUAGUUGGGGAGAUAUAUGUCUUUACGGAUGACAGUACUGCCAGUGACACUGAUGACGCAGUACUCUCUAAGAUAGAGCUCAAAGCUCUCUAUUACAUGCCCGCUGCGGCCGCCUCGAUAGGUGGAAGGGCGAACAGUAGAGAAUCACGGCGAUAUACGGAGAAUAGAGUGGAGGGCAGAAUCUUCUUCAAGCAAGAAGACGUAGAAUCCUGUCAGUCUUGGAUGCACAAAAAGGCUCAGUCAGUGGCUGAGUCCGUCGAGGCUGAUUUAGGCGACUUCUCAGAAACCGAUUUGCUCAGGAAAAUGGAUGACCCUGAUCGCUCGAGAAAAUCCAUGGUACCUUUCAAUUGGUCACAGGAGGAAGAUUAUGCAACAUUUCCCAUUAGCCGCGAGGGCAUUUACCUUUCUAUGGCUCGUCAAGAGUCUCGAAAAAACUUUUCCCCGCCUAAAUACAUUCGUCGCUUGCAAGAUGCGGGUUCAAAACCCACUGUCAAAGCGAGGACGCUGCACUAUGUCGAGAAUCGCCAGGGUGCUGUCAAGAAGCUAGACGAGGAGAACAAAAAGAAUCAGCCUGGGUCAAGUGGAGGCAUGACCAAGUAUGGGCAUAAGGAUUGGCGUCACUAUCGGUGUGAGUGCAACACUUGGAACUUCAAGCCCAGCAAGUCUGUACAAUGUGCCAAUUGCAAGGACUGGCAGCACACCCUGUGCUAUGGCUAUUAUUCAGCAAAGGACAAACGAAUUCCAGAUAUACACUACUGUUACAGCUGCUUGAUCGGAUACGACUUUGAUGGUAAUCUGAUGAAAGAACUCAUUAAGCUUAUCCGAAUGCGCAGAGCAGUGCAAUUUGUCCUUAUUGAGGGGGUAACACCAACUUUAAAUUGGCACCUAGCUGCACACCUUAACUGCAGCGACGACGAGGCUCGUGCAGCAGUCCACGGUCUCCGGAAACUUGGCAUUUUGAAAUCAGCCGAUAUGAGGAAGAUGAAAAAGUACCAUAAGACAGGGAGCUCCAAAUUCUGGCUCAAUAGGACCAUCCCAUCCUGCAACACUAUUUACAGUGAAAUAUUGGACCCGAUGUUGCUCAUCCGGGAAUAUUAUGAAAUAUCGCCUCCUAUCCCCCAGCCCUUGAUUCGCUCGCAUUGGUCUCGGUCUGGUAUACCCAUCUUGUACACUCACAUGAGUGAGUCUGCUGAGUGGUAUGAAACCAUCGACCCUCGCUGGCAACCUAAACUUUGGGAGCGGGUGCGCUCUAACCCUUCUGCCAAUGGGUAUUUCUUCGAGGGACAGACCUCAAACAGCGUGUGGAAGCGGAUGUUGGAUUCGUUAAAUGAAGAAGGAAUUGAGGAUGAUGUCGUUUCUCGGGGGUUAAGAAGAUGA